UGUACAACGCUGAGCCUACUUAAAAGGUGUAUAAAUUAACAAUAGAGGGAUAAAGUUGCCACCCGCUGUAAAGUUUCAGAACGGAACAGGUCUGAACAAGAACGAAGGACCAACGAUUUGAGAGAGAGAGAGGAGAGAGAGAGUUGGAGGAGGGAAGGAGAAAUGCCUCGAGAGUUGAGCAAGCGAACUUUGCCCGAUUCUUCUCCCCUGCAAAUCUACUCAGCGAGUCACACACCUUCACCAAGCAGGGAAGGGAGCAUUUGUGCGAAGGGAUCGGUGCUAUCCCCUAAGAAAAUGUUUCGACUUUUUGCGUAGCCGAAAAGCUCCUCCUUUUCUGUUCUCUCCAGCUCAGUGUCUCGGGAGAUGCUCGCCCUAGUUCCUCACACCCCUCUUCUUCCACCCUGCCUUGAGGGAAGGGAAAAGGAAAGUUCAGCGGUGCAGAGGGCGAGGGCGAGCUCUCGCUCUCUCAGGCUCAGCUCAGCAGCCAUUUUCCCUAUCAGAGCACCGCCUCCACCCGAGGGAGGAGCAGCAAGCCAAAACAUAGGCCGCUUCUUCAGCCGGGAAGCGGGAACAGCAUGACUAGCACACGCCGGAAGCUGCGCAGGACCUCGGCCGGCGGCCUAGACGUGCAGCCAACGCAGCUGGAGAUUAGAAGCCGGCGGAGGCUGCGGGCGGCCUAACCUGGCCCCAACUUCGCCCUCCUCCUCCCGCACUGGUCGUCGGGGGGAUAGCAACAGUCCCUACACAACUUGCAAAGCAUCUUUCCAGUGGGUGCUGUUGGUGUUUCCCUGGUGGUGGUGGUGUCAAGACUGUUAGCCCUUUUGGGACAGGAAACCAUUUUCUUAUUUCUUUUGCCUCGUUCCAGCAACAACUUUCCACAGCACAGGUCUAUGUAAUUCUGGCCAAUCUCCUAACCAUGGUUGAGAGAUGAGUGCGCCCACAGACUCAUGCGCUGCUGGCCCUCUUCCUAUCAGGUCUCUGCUCUCCUUCCUUCCCUGAUUGGUAUCAGCUAUGUUGCAGCAUUUAAUUUGCGGUAUAUGAAAAAAAUCCUUAAGACUGUUGAAAGUGUUACAAGUGACAUGAUAAUUUAGCCAGUGCCUCAGAAUGAUGGAUUACCAGAAGAUUGGAAAUGGUUUACAAGUGGCUGGUAUAGGGGCAUCUGCACUCCACAUGGUGGGGUAUUUGGGAAAAGACAGCAAUUCUGCUGAAGUGACUCCAGAUGGAUGCUGCCCAGCCUGCGAAAAGAAGGGUCUGAAACAAGCUUUAAGAACAUAUUGCAUCAGUUUUGAAGAGUGUGUUUUUCUUUGUGAAAAUCCACAGUGUACCUACCCUCUGGGAUUUGAACCACUAAACAAUGUUAUAAUUCCUGUUGAUCUAAAAGGCUGUCCAUAUCAAGGCAUCUUUAAGAAAAGAAAAGUCCUUAACUCAAGCUUGGUAACCUCUCCCAUUGAACCAUGCUUAAAACUGUCUAGGACUGAUAACUUGAUGCACUGUGAGCAGACAUUAAAACCUGCGCCUGUUUCCAAGUGCAAUGGAGACGAUCUGCACAGGACUCAGUCAGGACAACCUGCUUCGUCACCAGUCAGCCAGCCAAACUUUAGUAGUGAAACUGAAUCUAUGGAACAGAAAGUGGACUUGGAAAUGGGAGUUCGGGAAAGCUCCCCAGAAGCACUAGGUGUGCAAACACAACUUUUGCCAGAACUUUGUUCAUCAGUGUCUAAAAUUCAGCAUCAAAACAGCAAAACUCUUCCAGAGCCAUUGUGUCUUCAGUGGAAGAAUAUAUAUUCUCUCUGUUGGUUAGAUUGUAUACUGUCAGCCCUAGUGCAUUUAGGAACACUACAAAUGAUUCAGACUGGAUCCGAAAACCUAUCACUUAUCCAGAGGCUGCUUGUAAAAUAUAAGCUAGCGACUGCACUUGUGAAUACUUGCGAAAGGGGUGAACAUGUUUCAGAGGUUCCUUUGGAUGUUUUGUCAAGAGCUGAGUCGCACCUGAAUGAAAUCAGGAAUAUGAUUUUUGAACAAAUUCAGCCUCUGCUUAGGUGUAAAUUGGGUGAGGAGGAAAGCCCAGUCUUUGCAAUCCCUCUACUUUUAAAGAAAGACCCUCAAGCAGAGAAGCUCUUUCUUCAUUCUUUUUCAUGGAAGUUUGAAUGUUUACAGUGUGGCUAUCAAGUCACUGACAGAUGUCAGAAGAUAUUGACAACAUUUACAAAUAUAAUCCCAGAAUGGCACCCACUGAAUGCUGUUCAUAUUGCUCCCUGUAAUAAAUGUAGUUGCACAUCUCAAAGAAGAAAAAUGGUUUUGGAAAAGGUCUCCUCAAUACUUAUGAUGCAUUUCAUCGAAGGCUUGCCUCAUAAUGACUUAACCUCCUACUCAUUUCACUUUCAAGAAGAUUCCUACCAAAUAACAGCUGUUGUUCAAUAUCAGGAGGUGGCAAGGCACUUUGUAACAUGGAUCUUGAAUCCAGAUGGAACCUGGUUUGAGUGUGAUGACUUAAAGGGUUCAUACUGCAGUCGGCAUAAGAACUUUGGAGUUCCUCCUUCUGAGAUUCACAUUGUCAUCUGGGAAAGAAAAACACCACAAGUGAAAAAUGAUCUGAAUUUGCAGUUAAACUGUGAAGGAACUAGCAGUGUUCCUCUUCCAAAAGCACAGCCAGGUUCUCCAGUGAAAUGUGUUGAUGACAAAGCUGUGAACAUGACACCUUUAACUUGUCAUAAAGAGGAUACAUUGAAUGUCAAUACAAAUGAGACACACAACAUAGUUAGCAAUAACAAAAGCGCUUUGCUUUGGGGUUUUGAAAACCUGGCAGAUGAUGACGUUGUAACUUUGACUCUUGUAAGUGUUCCACUUGAUUCAGACAGUAAACCAUUAGAAGACAGUCAUGUAAUGGAAAAUAACCUGAUAACUGAAACAGGAACAUUGCAACAAGAUCCAGGUGAGUUUGAUGUGCUUCCAGCUAUUUCUGGGAGAGAGAGUGCCAAAAAUGAGUGCCCAUUGCUAAAAAAUGCUAAUGCUCUCUUACAUCAAGGACAACCAAGUGGUACAAAUACCACAUGUAUUAUGCCAGCAAUUUCUCUAAGCAAUAGCCAUCAUUCACCAGAAACCCUACCAGCUCAAAGGGCAGAAUAUAAAGAUAACUUAGUUCCUGUUAAAUAUAGCAGCAGCUUACAGCCAGAAAACCCAGGGAAGAAAAUUGGAACAAAAUCAGAGAGUAAUGUGCAGAAAGCUCCUAAGAUGAAAUGUGCAAAAGAAAUGGCAAAUAGAAAUCCCCAGUUUUCUGCUGCAUCUACCUCAAAUACUUCCUCCCAGUCGCCCCAUAGUAAUGGGGAAAAAGUAUUUGUAGGCAAUUGGGUAAAGGGCUUACUUGGCAAAUGUCAUCCUUUCAUGCCUAAAGGUGCCUCAACUUUGAAUAAAAGGGAGAAUUCUAAAAAGCCUAUUACAAAAGAAAUUCACUCAAAUGUACUCAGUAAGAGUGCAAACGACUUCUAUGGCUUCCAGGUUAAGCAUUCAAAGCAAAUGAAGACAGUAGCAGAGAGAACAGUUGAUUCUUUGCGUGCCAAGCUACCUGCAUCUUCAACUUUGCCUCAUUUUACAAACCUGUCUACAGAAAAGUAUCCCAUUGGUAAGAGUGGAGUCACUGUGACUCAGAAUGCGGAUUCAUUGAUAUCUUUGGGUAAACAGUUUCAGCCUUACCAGAGCCACACUGAAAAUAAAAACUUCACAUUGGUUGGAAAUGUUAAGAAGUCAAGUGCUGAUCAAGCACACCAACUGCGCCUAAAGCUUCUUCAACAGCUUAAAAUGAAGAAAGAGAAACUUGCUUCAUUAGAUAAGCUGGCAAAGACUCAGGUGAGAAAUGGAAGUUCUCCCAAGAAAAGCAAGAAGGACCAGUCACAGCUUGGAUCCCAGAAGGAAAAUGAAUCCCUGCAGAGCUUGUUAAAGGAACUUCAACACCAGAUUGAUGUUGAAGAUGGUAAAUCUGUGAAUUCUCCAAGCACCAAUAUGUCUCAGUGCAGCAGUGAAAGUUAUGAUGAUAUUUUAUCUGAGUUACUGUCUCCUGCUACAACUGUUGCUUCUUUGGAAUUUCCACCAGAAGAAGAAUGUAGAUAUCUGGAAAUGGGGGAUUGCAGUCCAAAAUCUCCAGUGUCUAGUGAGAAACCCAAUCGUGUACAGGACACAAAUGACCAUGACUAUUGCAGUCCUGUAAAGGAAAAUGCAUAUGAUGGUCAUACAGACUUGUUAGCAAACAAAUCCCCAGUGAAGAAACUUGACUUUCAGAGUCCUUCAAAACAAGAUAUUUUUGAAGAUCUCUUAUCUAAUUCAGUUUUGAAUUCAAUAAUGGUUGACAUUGAAGAUUUACAUCAUUUUAAUGAAAAUCUGUUAUCUUGGUGAAUUGUGUUUUAACAAUUUCUGAUUUUUCUGUUAGUUGGCUUUAACUGAAAGCAUAACUUAUUUCAAGCUAAUUUGCACAUGGUUCUACUUGAAUAUUUAAAAUGUGAAAAAUGUUGAGGCUGUUUCUAUUGAUUAAUAAAUUGAGUUUGUGUUUCUCCUUUAAA